AGCAGCCAUCAGCAGCAGAAGAAGAAGAAGAAGAAGAGGGUCGGAGGGCCGCACCAACAGACGACCGGAGCCGCGAUAAUGGAGCAGGCCGGCGCCGGUGUAUGGCUGCGCGCGCGAGGGAUCGCCCUGCUGGUUCUCGCCGUCGUGUCGCUGAGGGCGCUCCCCGCCGGGGCCGCGGCGAUCACGCGGUCCGAUUUCCCCGAGGGGUUCGUCUUCGGCGCCGGGACGUCGGCCUACCAGGUGGAAGGCGCGUGGGAUGAGGACGGAAAGAAGCCGAGCAUUUGGGUCACAUUUGCGCAUGGUGGCUAUGCUUUUGACCAUGCAACUGGAGACGUAGCUGCUGAUCAGUAUCACAAGUACAAGGAGGAUGUGAAGCUAAUGCAUGAGAUGGGCUUGGAUGCAUACAGAUUUUCUUUUGCCUGGACAAGGCUUAUUCCUGACGGUCGAGGUGCUGUGAACCCAAAGGGGCUGGAGUACUACAAUAACCUAAUCGAUGAACUUAUGACCUACGGGAUACAGCCUCAUGCAACAAUAUACCAUUUUGACCUUCCCCAGGCUCUUCAAGAUGAAUACAAUGGCCUGCUCAGUCCUAGAUUCAUUGAAGAUUUCACGGCGUAUGCGGAUCUGUGCUUCAGGAGCUUCGGUGACAGAGUGAAGCACUGGACCACCCUUAAUGAGCCGAACAUCGAGCCGCUUGGUGGGUAUGACAUGGGCAGUCUACCGCCGAGACGGUGCUCCUCACCAUUCGGUGAAUCCUGCGCUGGUGGCAACUCUACAACGGAGCCAUACAUUGCUGCGCACCAUCUUUUGCUUGCGCAUGCCUCCGCUGUUUCCCUCUACAGAGACAAGUACCAGGCUGAGCAAGGAGGACAGAUCGGGGUCACUUUACUAGCCUUUUGGUUUGAGCCUGCGACGCCGAAAGUGGAGGAUGUAGAAGCUGCUGCAAGGAUUAUUGACUUCACUGUCGGAUGGUUCAUGCAUCCUUUGGUGUACGGACACUAUCCACCGGUGAUGAAGAGGAACGCUGGGACCAGGCUUCCAGUGUUGACGGCUGAGGAGUCUGCCAGAGUGCGCGGGUCAUUUGAUUUUGUAGGGAUCAACCACUAUGGUGCAAUUUAUGUUGUGGCGGAUUUGGGCCAGCUGAAACAGAGCCCAAGAGAUUAUGCCAGUGACGCUGCUGUCACAUAUAUUACCAUGCCAUUUCAGAGCUCAAGAAACAAGCACCGCAUCAGGAUGGCAAAUCACCCGGCGCCAUGGGCUCUGAGGAAACUGUUCGAGCACCUGAAACACAAGUACAGAAAUCCUCCAGUACUGAUCUAUGAGAACGGAGCCGGUCAUGAGCCGGAUCCGUCAGGCGGGUUCAUGUACGACCACAGGUUCAGAUCGCGUUUCUUGCAGGACUACAUCGAAGCAACACUUCUCUCUAUCAGAAACGGAUCAAGCGUGCACGGCUACUUCGUGUGGUCGUUCGUGGACGUGUUCGAGGUCCUGUUUGCCUACAGGUUCCGGUUCGGCCUGUACGGGGUGGACUUCAGCGCUGCGGACAGGACGCGGUACGCCCGGCACUCGGCGCGGUGGUACGCCGGCUUCCUUCGUGGCGGCGAGCUUCGGCCGGCGGCAAUGCCUGCCGGCUCUGGAGCCUACUCCGAGUGAACAUUGGUCAGGCGUGAUUACGGGCUGCAGUAUGUCUCAUGUGCAUGCCUGUCAGAUAUACUGCAGACGAAUAAUGUACAAUCACAUAAAUAAGGAAAGCUGCAUUCUUUUUUGGAAAGUA